AUGGUCUCUGUUCGGUUUAUCACCCUCCUCUCGGCUUUCGCUGCUGCAGUCAGCGCCGCCCCAGCCCCCGUUAUCGACGACAGCGAUGCCGCCCUCAACAUUACUGAGACCCUCGACCGAGACCUCCGUAAUGGAGAGAUGAUUGUCUUCGGAAGUGGUGGCCGCACUGCCAUCAUUACUGAAGCUACCUGGAAGCUCCUCCUGAAGGUUGAGGGCGUCGAGGCCGAGACUCCUGAGAUCGACCACGACUACAUUAAGGCUGGCGAGGGUCUUGCUGAGAUCCCUGUCAACCACACCGACAUUGCGCUCGGCAAGCGUGACUGCAACGCCAACUACCAGUUCGUCGUUGACAGGCAGCAGCGUUUCGUCGACUGGGACGUGCAGAUGUCCCCCGUGGUCAUCGGUAGCGGCAGCAAGGGCAUCGACAUCACCAUCUCCAAGUCGUACGCCAUUUCCAAUGGCGUCACCGCCGGUGGCUCUUUCGAUAUGAGCACGCUGGUUAAGAAGCUCGGUCUCACCUUCAAGGUCGACUACACGCGCACUUGGACCACCACCCAGGGUUACCUCAUCCGCGGCACUGUCGACGCUGGCUACACUGGUGUCGUUAUCACUCGCCCCUGGACCAACCGCAAGUACGGCCGUACCUUCCAGGGCUGUGUCGGCGCCCUCAAGCAGACCGGCACCUUCAUGGCCGAUUCUCACGAGGAGGGCUCCUACGAGGGUGUCACCUGGGUCGGUGGCGCCAUCACUGCCUGCAUCAAGAAGCAGAGCUCCAUCCCCCUGUCUCGCUGCAACGGCAGCGGCAACUUCCGAUAA